GACAAGGGGUGGAGGAGAAGAAGGAGGAGGGGAUGGAGAGAGAAGGAGGGGAAAGGAGAGAGGACAAAAUAUUCAAAACAAAGGACGCUUUUGGACGACAGAAAAAGUUCUCGUAAACAUCCAGCUCUUACAAGGAUGGGCAGUCUUCCAAUCGCCCUGCUCCUCUGCGGUUUCCACGUCCUCACAGCUGUAGCCCAAGCCCCGCAGGCUGAGGUGGAACUCCACAGAGGUGACUGGAAUGAAGAGGAGGCUUUGGUGUCUGUCUCUACCUUACCGCCUGACUGUAGGGAAGAGACGUACCCCUGCACCAGGAUGUACUCUGUCCACCGGCCCAUCAAGAGAUGCAUCCACUCCCUCUGCCUUUACAGCCUCCCUCGUGUCUAUGUGAUCAACAAGGAGAUAUGUGUUAGAACUGUCUGCCAACAGGAUGAGUACCUGAAGGCUGAGCUCUGCAGGGAGAGGUCCGGCUGGCCCAAACGCUUCCAGAGGUCAACCACCAAUAAGAAACGCUGUCGCAAUCGCCAUAGCAACCCCAAAACCUGGGAAAACAAGGCCUGAUGGGCCCAAGAUGGUGGAGAUGGAAGGAGGGGCGGAGGAAGAAGGGAGGAAGGAGAGAAGGAGUAGGAGGGAGGAAGGAGAGAAGGAGGAAGGAGUAGGAGGGAGGAAGGAGAGAAGGAGUAGGAGGGAGGAAGGAGAGAAGGAGUAGGAGGGAGGAAGGAGAAGGAGGGAGGAAGGAGAGAAGGAGUAGGAGGGAGGAAGGAGAGAAGGAGUAGGAGGGAGGAAGGAGAGAAGGAGUAGGAGGGAGGAAGGAGAGAAGGAGUAGGAGGGAGGAAGGAGAGAAGGAGUAGGAGGGAGGACUCCCUUGGAGACAGAACACUGGGUUGUCUCCAUAAAAACACCCCAAAACAUCAUAAAUCCACCGCUCAACACCUGGUGCUAGCCAGCCACACACACACACACAACCAGACACACACACACAACCAGACACACACACACAACCAGACACACACACACAACCAGACACACACACACACACACACAACCAGACACACACACACAACCAGACACACACAAACAAACAACAUAUAUAUAUAACACAGUCCAUGUAACUCCAGUUAUGAACAGUCUGAGUCAUAUUUCUCAGUUCUGAUAUUAGCCCUGUGUUUUAAUAGAACUGUAUGUGAAUAUCAGGGGAGAAAUCACUCCCCACAGAUUGGACCUGUGUUUUAUUUGACACGGAUCAUGUUCUGUGCCGUUGCGGGCUGUAUAAUACUGUUCAGAUGGAACGCUGUUGAGUUCCUGUAGUUGUGUACUGUAGAGACAGUCUGAGAACAAUGUAUCCACUCUGUCAUUACUGACACCUUAUUGUAAAGCACUCUAUCACAAUCCAAUACCAAAGCAGUGCAAUACUACAAAGCAGUGCAAUACUAGCCAAUAAAAUGUCAUUCAUU